AUGGAGACUUUUGCAUUCCUCCUCCAUCUAAUUCCAGCAAGUAGUUUUACCAUUGUUGAAAGAGACGACAUCUACAGGUCUGUUCAAUGCCCGGCAUUCUUAUUGUUUGACCCAGCUGCCUUAUUGCAGACAUGAACCUUUGAGCUUCCUUGCCAUUGCAAGCCUGAGAUAAUAAAGUCCGUAGUAUGGUACAAUCAGAAGAACACGGGUAAUAAGAAGACGCGGGUGCUUACGGACUUCAAUGGUACAGUCCAACUUGAUGUUGAAAAUGUUCAGAGUAGUACCGACAUUGUUUUCCGGUUCAGUAUCCGGAUGUUCAGCCUAAUUGUAUUUAAGGCACAAAUAGAAGAUUCUGGAAUUAUAUGUGUGGCUCACAAGAUGGACACUUCUUUUAUGGAUACAGUGGUGGAUAUUCAGGACUCCAAGAAUGCCUACGUAGCAUUUGAAAACCAACAUGGUCACCCCCAACCAGAUUUAGUAAGCAAAUACUUUGUGUCCUUCACUACAUUUUGGGAAUGGACAGUCUGUGAUCGAUGUGAUGUAAGGGGGGAGCAAAUGAGAAUUGGCUUAUGCUAUAUCAAUAGUACCUACCUGAACCCCAGAUUUCGUGCGGCUCCGAGCGAUGUGACUUCUUGUGGCUCAGAAGGUGUUCCACCGAAAUUCAAGAAGUUGCUAUCUACUCGAAGACCAGAGAUCAUAGUUAGGAGCUGCAUGACUCCAUGUCAUAAGCCAAAGAAGGGCAUUCUUGGUAAAUUAAGCACGUUGAUGCAUAAUAUAAUGAAGCUUAAAGAUUAUAUCCCAUGGCUCCCAAAGGUUCCAACCCAGUUACAUACUCACCCACUAGGUAGCAGACUGACUAUUGCUUGCCCAGGAGCCAAACCAGAACAGGCUGUGGCUUGGGACAAAGAUGACAAAAGACUUUAUCGCACAGAGUAUCUUAUUGGAAUUAAUAAGUCUAUGAGAGUCUUUAUUGAUCAUGGAAACCAUCUGAACUUUCGCUUUGUUCAAUACAAUGAUAAAGGAAUUUAUUAUUGCUGGCUACAGGGAAGAUGA